AUGGGCAAAUUACCGUUUGUGACGGCUCUGGCCUUGCUGGUUCAAGCGCAGCUUGGAUCAUCAUACAUACUGUCAUGCUACUUCACAAACUGGGCACAGUACAGACCACCCCCAACCAUCUUCAUGCCCAACGAUAUUGACCCAUGCCUUUGUACCCAUCUUCUCUACGCCUUUGCCACCAUGAAGAACAACAAGCUGGCCACCUAUGAGUGGAAUGAUGUGGAGCUCUACAGUCAGUUCAAUGGCCUGAAGAACAAGAAUGGCAACCUGAAGACUCUUCUGUCUGUUGGCGGGUGGAACUUUGGCUCCUCAGGUUUUUCAGCCAUGGUGGCCAGCCCUGCCAACCGUCAGACCUUCAUCGACUCCGUCGUUGUCUUUCUGAGGAAGUAUGAGUUUGACGGACUUGACAUUGACUGGGAGUAUCCAGCCAACAGGGGAAGCCCUUCUCAGGAUAAGCAGUACUACUCUGUUUUACUUGGGGAGAUGAGAGCCGCCUUUGAGAAGGAGGCCAAGCAGAGCAACAAAGCUCGUCUUCUGCUGUCUGCUGCUGUCGCAGGUGGAAAGGAGACCAUUGACACCGCUUAUCAGAUUCCCAAGCUUGGCCAGGCUCUGGAUAUGAUCAACGUCAUGUCAUACGACUUCCACGGCUCAUGGGACCCCAUGACAGGCGAGUGCAGCCCCCUGUACAAGAGCCCCGAGGACCACGGCAACUUCAUCUACUUUAACAUUGACUAUACCAUGAACUACUGGAAGAACCAGGGAGCUCCAGCUGAGAAGUUGGUGGUUGGUUUCGCGACCUACGGCAACACAUUCACCCUGAAGAACCCUGCUGACCAUGGUAUUGGAGCACCUACCGCUGGCGCUGGAACUCCAGGGAAGUACACACAAGAGGCUGGAGAGCUGGCUUACUUUGAGAUCUGUGGAUUUUUGAAAGAUGGAGCCACUGAGGUUUGGAACCAGGUCCAGGAUGUCCCAUAUGCCUACAAGGGAAACCAGUGGGUGGGCUAUGACAAUAUCAAGAGCUUCCAGAUCAAGGCCGAUUGGGUGAAGAAGAACAACUUUGGAGGUGCCAUGGUGUGGACCAUCGACAUGGAUGAUUAUCUGGGCACUUUCUGUAACCAGGGAAAAUACCCACUCAUCAAUGUCCUCAAAAAGGGCCUCAAUCUGGAACAAAUGUCUUGCACCGCUUCUGCCACGCCCCUCCCUCCCAUUGCAGGAGUGACCACCGAUGGUAGCAGCUCUGGAGGUAGUGCCAGCAAUGGGUCCGGCGGCGACAGCUCCUCCAGUGGGGACUCUGGUUCCUCAGGCAUGGACAGUGGCUUCUGUGUGGGAAAGGCCAAUGGGAUGUACCAGAACCCCAAAAACAAGAACCAGUUCUACAACUGUAGCCAAGGCAAGACCUACUUAGAGCACUGCGCUACGGGACUGGUCUUUAACACUGCCUGCUCCUGCUGCAACUGGAGCUAA